AGCAAGAAGACAGCCCCAUGUUCUUAAGCAUUGAAUCUACAAUUGCUGGGAUUGAUCAUGGGAAUUCCAGCAUGCAAUUCCCUUCUGUUUAUUCGGAGAACGAGCAUUCAGAAUUGACAGCUCGCCUAUGUGACUUCGAUGCCUCCAACGACCUCGAGAGCCCGAUCAAUGGACGUUACAGAUUUAUGAGUCGUCCAAGGCCGUACCCCGAAUUUUUACAUGAAAUCAAGAGACAGAAGCUUGAAGAUCAGAUUAAUGAAUGGAAGAAAACCAAACAUAAGAAAAUCAUGAACAAGUUGCGGGUAAAAGAAGCUGCUAUCAGUGGUUGGGAAUUGAAACAGAGGAGGAUGGCCAUGAAAGAAAUGAAGAAAGUGGAGAGCAAGCUGGAAAAGAAACGUGCAGAAGCAUUAGAGAAGAUGAAGAAGAAGAUAAGCAGAGCUCAGAGAAAGGCAGAACAGAAGAAAGCAGUAGAGAGGAAAGCCACAAUCAAGAGAAUAUCAACAAUCAAUAAAAUCUCAGAGAAGAUCCGAUCAGCAAAAAGCUCACUGUGGCUCAAGCUGAUAAAGGUCAUUUUAGUUCAUUAAUUUGUGUGCACUUCUUGUUGCAAACUAUGCAGCUAAGGAUGGUGGGAAACAGAGAGAAUAGCAGAGGCUAAAUUGGCAGAGCAAAGCCUGUUUCAAUUUUUGGUUCUUGUAAUCACACUUUUUGAGACCAAUGAUCAGGUGGUUCAAUGGAGCUCUUCCAUCCUAGCUUUUCAUGCAGUGGUUCACUAAACAUGAUUAUCCUCAGGCUACCAAAUACAUAACGAACAAUAAGCUGGAUCAAUUUGAAGAUCAGAAAGAAUCAAGAGCUCAAAUCUCCUCAAGUGUUAAAAAGACUGAUUACACUUACAAGGAACGGUUGGAUUUAGAACCCACUAAUUGAAGGAUACAUGUUGGCACUUGGAUCCAUUCAAGCAAAAGGUAUUGUAUAAUGUGAGUCUCAUAAUAUUUCAAUGGGUCUAAAUAUUAAUAUAACAUUUUAUGAUUGAUGGAUUCCAAAUCUUACAUGAUAAACCCUUCUUUCAGUAAAUAUUUUUUGUUAAGACCAUUCUGGAAGGGGACAUGUUCACUGGUUCAUCAAUAAUUUUAGUUGAUCAA